AUGAAUGUUGGAAUGAUUACAGAAACGAGCCGUGUGCUUACCGGUAAGCCAAUGCAGGAUCUCAAGCUAUCUCCCAUGAGAGAAGGCGUCUCCUUGCAUCUCAUCGUUGUGGAUCUGGGCACAGCUGUAGCUUUCCAAGUUUUCAACAUUUUGUUCAGCACAUUUGUCAUUGGUGUGAUUAGUCUGUUGGGUCUAAUGUUUAACAUAGCUACAAUUGUAGUGCUGUCUCGUCAAGUAAAUAAAAGCAUUAAUAUCGUAUUCCUCGGCAUGGUCAUUUCUGGCCUGUGUGUGGACUUACUCUCUGUAUGGUACACCGUGACCUACAGCAUCUACGAGGCCAAUCCACCAAACUUCCCAUUCGAACCUCUGAGUUUCAUUGGUAUGACUGCAAUCAUCCCCAAAAUGUUCUUCGUCUACUCCACCUGCUGGCUGACAGCUCUAGUGGCAAUCAUCCAAUGUCUCUGUGUUGUGCUGCCCUUUAAGGUCGGCAUCCUUUUUACUCCUAGAAGAACGGCCAUUCUGACCUUUGGCCUAUUUAUCUUCUUUGUCUUCUGCUACUCCGCGGCCUUCUUCCGGUAUGAGUUCGUUAUGGUUUUCUUUCCCGAAGUCAACACUUCAUUGUACAUUAUGGUGGAACUUUCCAAAGGGGCGAUCAUCGACGACAUGAUGUACUAUUUAGGUUUUGUUGCAAUGCCAAUGGCCAACAUGGUCAUUGUCAUCUGCUGCACUCUCAUUCUUGUCAUCAAGGUCAAGGCCUCCGUGAACUGGCGAAAUAACGCACAAUCUGGCAAGUCGUUUUCAAAGGCAAACCGAUCUGCCAGCAGAAUUGACUCUAGCACAAAAGAAGGGAGGCUAACUAAAAUGAUCAUCGCUAUCACCACAGUCUUCAUCGUCUGCAACAUGCCGAACAACAUAAUUAUAAUGGCGCGCAUGUUUAAACCGGAGUUCUCAGAACGAGGCAAAUAUCAGUUUGUCUUCACCCUGAUUCACGGCAUGAUGUACAUCUUAGAAACAUUCAACUCUAGCCUCAACGUAUUAAUCUUCUACAAAAUGAGUUCCAAAUUUAAGUCAGAAUUUAAUAAAAUCUUUCAUUCUCCAUUCAAGGUUGAGACAUGUCGACCAGGAAAGUAA